UCUUAUCGAGUUGAUAGCCGGCACGCGCGUGUGAGUAUGACAAUUACUGACUGGCACAGAGUGAAGCUAGAUCAGCUCUAUAAUAUAUAUACCUAGUCUGCUCGUGACCAUCGUGUAACGAGCACAAUUGCCGAUACCAUCUGACUUUGAAUUGUUAUUGGCACAAAAAUCAAGGGUUCGCGAUGCCGAAAUUCGAUUUCAAGGGUGUUAUAGCCACUGCUUUUACGCCAUUCAACGACGACGAAAACCGAAGCUUGAACUUGUCGGUUAUUCCUCAAAUCGCCGAGUAUUUUCGAAAAUCUUCUUUCGGCUGCGUCUUGAUCAAUGGAACUUACGGCGAAGGGAUGGCCAUGACCGUCGACGAAAGAAUGAAAGUAGCGGACGCUUGGUCGGAGGCCGUUGGGCAAGCAACCGUUGGACGCAACAAGCAGCAACUGAUGAUCCAAGUCGGCGGGACGAAUCUGCAGGACGUGAAGAGACUCGCCGAACACGCGCAAAGUAUCAAGGCGGAGGCUCUGCUAUGCCUGCCCGAGCUUUACUACAAGCCGAAGACCGUGGCCGAGCUGAUCGAUUACUUGAAGGAGGUCGGGGAAGCUGCGCCGGACACGCCGCUCUUCUACUACCAUUCCCCGUUGGCUACGGGCGUCGCGCUGGCGAUGGACGAGGUCUUUUUCACGCUCUGCAAGGAUCGAAUACCCUCGUUUGCCGGGGUUAAAUUUGCCAUCGCGCACUUGGACGAUUUGUUAAGAGCUGUACGCAGCGCUGGCGACCGGUUCAAAGUCAUCGUGGCCAGUAAUCACAAUUUGCCCGCGUACGUCCAAAUGGGGAUAGAUACGUUCAUGCCAACCGCUGUGAGUGUUCGUCCAACGACUGUGAUGAAGAUUUACGAAGCAGCUGCAAGCGGACGCUACCGCGAGGCUCAAGAGUUGCAGAAGCCGUGGUCGGAUUUCGUGGAUUCGAUAGCGGCAUUGAACAAUGGUAAUGCCGCUCCACCUAUGAAAGCGAUGGCAGCUCGUUCGUCGAAUAUUAUUUUGGGGCCUCCAAGGAAGCCUUUGAAAUCUUUCGAGACACCAGAAGGACUGGCUCAGAUCACUGACUUACUCAUGAAAAUGGAUUCUCAAUUUCAACUGCACCAAGUUUCAUAUUGUUAACACAUCAAUAUUGUUGUUUAUUUCUUUACUAAUGUGUUUCUCUACAUUAAACGUUUUACUAUUCUUCUUUAAAUUUAUUUAAAUCUGGAAAAGAUUUGAAAGAUUCAGGCAGAUGACAUAUCAUAAGUAAGUCCUCAAUCAUGAAUUUUUAACAAAUUUUUAUUUUUUAAGUUACUGUCAGCUAAAUCUGGUUUGUCUUUCAUGAAAUGUAAUUUGAAACAUGAUGGUGGUAAAGAUUUUUAAGAUUUAUAUUUUUGUUUGUCCACAAAUCUGCCUGUGCAUGUAGAAAUCAAUACUUUUUUUUCUUAAAUACGAAUAUUAAGUAUUAUUGACUAUAUUUGAAAAAAUAGGAAUUUAAAAGAUGUUGAGGCUAUUUGAUGUAAGGUUUUAUUUUUUGUUUAAUUAUGAAAAUACAGUUUAAAUUCUUCAGUCGUUUAUCUUAAAUGAUAUAAAUAUUGCAAUCACAAAAAAUAUUUACAUCUUUUCAUCCAAGUUUACAGCAGUUAGAAAAUUCUGUUCAAAUAACAAAAUUAAUUUGUACUUGCUCUGACUGUUUACAAAAAUAUCACAUGGUUGUACUUGACUGCAAGCUGACUUGACAAUAAAAAUCUUUUAAAUAUA